AUGGCAGCACCAACACGACGCUUGGUCCGUCCAGCCCUUUUCAUCUGCGAUCUUCAGGAGAAGUUCCGCCCUGCCAUCCACGAAUUCGCCCGUGUUGUCUCCACGACCCAGAAACUCCUCAAAGCGUCCCAGAUCCUCGACAUACCCGUCUUUGCAACUACCCAGCUGCGAGCAAAACUAGGCGAGACAUGUCCUGAGCUAGGUUUAGAUGCAGAGGGGGGAGUCAAGCCGAUGGCGCACGUGGAUAAAUCAGCUUUCAGCAUGAUGGUUCCCGACCUACGAAAGGAAUUCGAGAAGCUAGGGCCGGAGAAACGAGAGGUGGUGGUUGUGGGUAUCGAGAGCCAUAUCUGUGUCACGCAAACCACGCUCGAUCUGCUGAGGGAUGGACAUAAAGUUUAUGUCAUUGCGGAUGCGGUCAGCAGUUGCAAUAAGCAGGAAGUCCCUAUUGCGCUUGCGAGACUCAGAGCUGAGGGAGCGGUGGUCACGAGUAGUGAGAGUUGGUUGUAUGAGUGUAUGGGCGAUGCGUCGAUAGGUGAGUUCAAGGAGAUGGCGAAGUCGGUCAAGGAGUUUUCGAAGGGCACGAAGGAGAAUUUGGAGGCGCUGUGUAAGAUGUGA